AUGGCCGCAGAGACGUACUCGAGCGUCUCAGCCAUCAUCCGCAACCUCGCCCGCCAACAUGACCCCACGCGAGACCCCAGCUUCAGCGCACAGGUUUCGGCCAAUGGAGCCAAGACGGCGGCCAACGCCAUCGCUCUGCCGGGCCCGGAGAGCGAAGAGAAGACACAACUCGAGCAGGAGCUGUCGGCGCUCUGCUCAAGAAUAGAUUUCCUCGAGCACAAGAGCAGCCACGCCGCGACCAAGCAGGGCCAGUUUCCUUUGACACCCGCACAAGAGCCACCAGAGGAGGGCGUAUUAUAUACACAGGCCGGCGUCGUGCGCGGCAACAACGGCCCACCCGUCCAGGGCCGUCGGGGAUCCAACAAGGAGCGCGCCAUCUGGGUGUCCAACUGGCUCGCAGCCAAAGAGUCGAAUGGCGACCCCGAGCAGCCCGCCGCAGCCCUCACCGAGGAGCAGCUCAACUAUCUGCGCGUACACCUGAACCAGCAAGCCGACCAGAUAAGGAACCAGCGCGAGCACAUUGACAACCUGAGCCAGGAAGUGAACAAGCAGUUGACGACACAGAGCAUGGUAUUCGAACACGGCAUUGAAGACAUCGGCGCACUCAAGAGAGAACUCGGCAAACAUCAACAGGCCAACUUGGCUUUCCAAAAGGCACUGCGGGAAAUCGGCGCCAUCGUCACGGCCGUGGCCAUGGGUGACUUGAGCAAGAAGGUCUUGAUCCAUGCUAAGGAGAUGGACCCUGAAAUCACUCUGUUUAAGCGCACGAUCAACACCAUGGUGGAUCAACUCCAGGAGUUUGCUAGUCAGGUUACAUUCCUCGCCCGAGAGGUCGGCACCGAAGGCAGAUUGGGCGGUCAAGCCAACCUACCAGGAGUUGCUGGUAUUUGGGCUGAGCUGACUGACAGUGUUAAUGGGAUGGCCAAGAAUCUUACCGACCAGGUGCGAGAGAUCGCCGUAGUCACCACCGCAGUCGCCAUGGGUGACCUCAGUCGCAAGAUUGAACGUCCGGCCCGCGGAGAAAUUCUGCAGCUGCAACAGACCAUCAACAGCAUGGUGGACCAACUGCAGUCGUUUGCGACUGAAGUAUCCAAGGUGGCCAGAGAUGUCGGUACCGAAGGAAAGCUCGGUGGUCAGGCUGAAAUCGCUGGUGUCAAGGGCAUGUGGAACGAACUCACAGUGAACGUGAACGCCAUGGCUCAAAAUCUUACUACACAAGUGCGAGACAUUGCCCAAGUGACAACGGCUGUCGCGCAGGGUAACCUCACCCGGAAAGUCGAAGCCGAAUGCAAGGGUGAGAUUUUGGAACUCAAGAACACGAUCAAUCGCAUGGUGGAUCAGCUGCAGCAAUUCGCCCAUGAAGUCACCAAGAUUGCGAGAGAGGUCGGAUCCGAGGGUCGCCUUGGUGGCCAAGCUACAGUGCAUGGUGUUGAGGGAACCUGGAAAGAUCUCACUGAGAAUGUGAACGGUAUGGCCAUGAACCUCACAACACAAGUGCGAGAGAUCGCCGAAGUCACUACAGCCGUCGCAAGAGGAGAUUUGAGCAGGAAGGUCAAGGCAGAAGUCCAGGGUGAAAUUCUGUCCCUCAAGAUUACCAUCAACACCAUGGUGGACCGUCUCAACACAUUCGCACAAGAGGUCAGCAAGGUGGCCCGUGAAGUCGGCACAGACGGUAUCCUCGGCGGCCAAGCGCAGGUCGACAACGUUGAAGGCAAGUGGAAGGACCUCACCAACAAUGUCAACACCAUGGCCCAGAACUUGACGCUGCAAGUGCGAAGUAUCUCCGAGGUCACACAGGCCAUCGCCAAGGGAGAUAUGAGCCGCAGAGUGCACGUGGACGCCGAAGGAGAGAUUCGACUACUCAAAGACACUAUCAACGACAUGGUUAUGAGACUAGACGAAUGGUCUCUUGCUGUGAAGCGCGUAGCUCGCGAUGUGGGCGUAGACGGAAAGAUGGGCGGCCAAGCAGAUGUAAGAGACAUCGACGGCAGAUGGAAAGAGAUCACCACAGACGUCAACACCAUGGCCCAGAAUCUUACGUCCCAAGUGCGCGCUUUCGGCGACAUCACUAACGCUGCCAUGGAGGGCAAGUUCACCCAAAUCACCGUCGAGGCUUCCGGCGAGAUGGACGAGCUGAAGCGGAAGAUCAACCAGAUGGUGUCCAGUUUGCGAGAGAGUAUUCAAAGGAACACAGCAGCCAGGGAAGCCGCCGAGUUGGCCAACAAGACCAAGUCCGAGUUCCUCGCCAACAUGUCGCACGAGAUCCGAACACCCAUGAACGGUAUCAUUGGAAUGACCCAGCUUACGCUUGACACCGACCUUACGCACGCACAACGAGAGAUGUUGACUAUUGUUCAUAACCUGGCUGGUCAAUUAUUGACCAUCAUCGACGACAUUCUCGAUAUUUCCAAGAUUGAGGCCAACCGCAUGGUUAUGGAAGAGAUUCCGUUCUCAAUGCGAGGCACAAUCUUCAACGCCCUCAAAUCUCUGGCAUCAAGAGCCAACGAGCGGAAGCUGAACCUCGCCUACGACGUAUCCUACAAGGUGCCCGACUACGUUGUGGGUGAUUCUUUCAGGUUGAGGCAGAUUAUCCUCAACUUGGUCGGUAACGCUAUCAAGUUUACAGAGCUGGGAGAAGUCAAGGUGGCCAUCUCCAUGGCGCAAGAGCAAGAAUGCGGCCCAGAUCACUACGUGUUCCAGUUUGCUGUUUCCGACACUGGAAUAGGCAUCCGUGGCGACAAGCUCAACCUCAUCUUCGACACUUUCCAGCAAGCGGACGGUUCCACUACGAGGAAGUUCGGUGGUACCGGCCUGGGUCUAUCCAUCUCCAAACGUCUCGUCACCCUAAUGGGCGGUCGUAUGUGGGUCGAGUCAGACUUUGGCAAGGGCAGUGUGUUCUACUUCACAUGCAGAGUACGUCUCGGCACGCCGGAGGUUACCGCCAUCCGGCCUCAGCUCGUGGCGUACAAGCAGCACGCCGUCCUCUUUGUCGACCAAGGCAACACUGGCUUCUCGGACCAGAUCAUUGAGCACCUCAAGACACUUGACCUCGUACCCAUGGUGGUCAAGUCGAUUGAGGAGGUUCCUGAGACGACGAAGAGGACCGACAUGCCCUAUGACUGCGUUAUCGUUGACAACGACAACACAGCGCGGGAGCUUAGGAUUGCAGAACGCUUCAAGUACAUUCCUCUCGUCAUGCUUACGCCACAUGUAUGCAUCAGCCUCAGAUCUGCGCUUGAGAAUGGUAUUUCGAGCUACAUGACAACACCUUGUCUGCCGAUCGAUUUGGGCAACGCGCUCAUCCCCGCACUUGAUGGUCGCGCCGCACCUCUUGUGUCGGAUCACUCCAAGUCUUUCCAGAUUCUCCUAGCCGAAGACAACGCUGUCAACCAGAAGCUUGCUGUCCGGAUUUUGGAGAAGUACCACCACAGAGUCACUGUGGCUAACAACGGUCUUGAAGCCUUUGAGCACAUUCAGAAGAAGCGCUACGACUGUGUGCUUAUGGACGUGCAAAUGCCCGUCAUGGGCGGUUUCGAAGCCACAGCAAAGAUCCGUGAAUGGGAGCGUGAGAACGGUAUCCCGUCAACACCCGUCAUCGCCCUCACAGCGCACGCCAUGGUUGGUGAUCGCGAGAAGUGUCUCGCUGCACAGAUGGAUGACUACCUAUCCAAACCCCUCCGCCAGAACCAACUCAUCCAAACAAUCCUGCGCUGCGCCACCGUCGGCAGCAGUAGCAGCACAAUGUACGACCACACAAGCGAGUCUCGCUACACAGCAUCCUCGCACCUCCCCAGCAUCAGCGUCCCCGGCCGGGAGAACAACGGCGGCGCCUCCUCAUCACAAGGCGGCCUCCCCAGCCCCGGCAAGAAGCGCCCACAGCUCGAAACGCGCGGCUUCACAGAACGCGGAGGCGGAGCGCAAAGCCCAAACCUGCUGGCGGUGGAUCAGACGGAUAAUGGCAGUGUCGAGAGAGUACGUUCCUUGUCCGCUAGUUUGUGA